AUGGAUUUCAGGAAGGCAGAUUCUGAUAAGCGCGGAGAGCUUGUGGUCUUCACGGAGAAGUCUGAUGAAAGAAUGCCUAAUAUAUUGAAUGCUAGUGGAAACGGGGACUUUUCCUACAACCACCAUCCAAGAACAGGAGCAAUAGGCAGUCAGGAAUACAUACGGUACAUAGAGGAGGCAUUGCUCUGCCUCACAGUUCAGCCUAUUCUCUUCUACUCCAUGUCAGAUUCUAACAUAACCAAGGUCAUCAAUCCUUCCACUUUCAUCCUGCAUUGCAUUCCUGGCCUGGAGACAGCCCAUGUCUGGAUCUCCAUCCCCUUCUACACCAUGUACAUUAUAGCCCUCUUGGGGAACUUCACCAUCCUGUGCAAUGUGAAGAUGGAGUUGAGCCUCCAGGGUUAUGGUUGCCACUCAACAUUUUUAUUCUGGUUCAAUUCAAGGGAGAUCGAUUUCAGUGCCUGCCUUGUGCAGCUGUACUUCAUUCACUGCUUCAUAAUAAUAGAAUCUGGGAUCCUCGUGGCCAUGGCUUUGGAUCGCUAUGUGGCCAUCUGCCAUCCCCUGCGACAUUCUACCAUCUUGACAAGUGCCACGGUGACCAAACUUGACCUGGCCGUGGUGCUGCGAGGUGCCUUGAUCAUAUUGCCCUGUGUCCUCCUGACAAGGCAGUGGUCAUACUGUAGAACUAACAUGGUUCCCCGGCCAUAUUGCGUGCACAUGCCGGUGGUAGGUCUGGCGUGUGGUGAUACCCGAGCCAGUAGUCACUACGGCCUCUUUGUGCUAUUCUGUCUGAGUGGUCUGGAUGUGUUUUUUAUUGUUGUGUCCUAUAUUCACAUCCUCAGGGCCAUCUUCAGACUCCCCACAACGGACGCCCGGCUCAAAACUUUCAGAACUUGCAUCUCCCACCUCUGUUCCAUUUUAGUGUUUCACAUCCCAGGUCUCUACUUCUCCCUUUCGGGACGAUUUGAGGAGAAGAAGCCUCACCCUGUCCAAGCUCUUAUUACCAUCAUGUACUACGUGAUGCCCCCCUCGCUAAACCCCAUCAUCUAUGGUGUGAUGAUUAAACAGAUCUGGGGUCGGAUGCUUCAUUUCUUUGUUCACAAAGGCUCCUAA